AUGAGACUGAACGGGAGCGAGCUGAACAGCUCCGUCCUCCCGCGGGACCCGCCGGCCGAGGGUGCCCCGCGCCGCCAGCCCUGGGUGACCUCCACUUUGGCCGCCGUCCUCAUCUUCACCAUCGUGGUGGACCUACUGGGCAAUCUCCUGGUCGUUCUUUCCGUCUACCGCAACAAGAAGCUGCGAAACGCGGGAAAUGUGUUUGUUGUAAGCCUGGCAGUUGCAGACUUGAUUGUAGCUAUCUACCCAUAUCCACUGGUCCUCACAUCUGUGUUUCACAACGGAUGGAAACUGGGAUACCUACACUGCCAGAUUAGUGGCUUCUUGAUGGGCCUAAGUGUCAUUGGAUCAAUCUUCAAUAUUACAGGCAUCGCUAUCAAUCGGUACUGCUAUAUCUGCCACAGUCUCAAAUAUGACAAGCUAUACAGCAACAAGAAUUCAUUGUGCUAUGUUGUUCUUAUAUGGGUCCUAACAUUUGUUGCUAUUGUGCCCAACCUGUUUGUGGGAUCGCUCCAGUAUGACCCCAGGAUUUACUCAUGUACAUUUGCACAAUCUGUGAGCUCAGCCUAUACAAUAGCAGUUGUGUUUUUCCAUUUCCUGCUUCCCAUAGCUGUAGUUACUUUCUGUUACUUGAGAAUAUGGAUCCUCGUUAUUCAGGUAAGGCGAAGGGUUAAACCAGAUAACAACCCUAGGCUGAAACCACAUGACUUCAGAAACUUUGUAACCAUGUUUGUGGUAUUUGUACUGUUUGCAGUCUGCUGGGCUCCUUUGAACUUUAUAGGCCUUGCUGUGGCUGUCAACCCAAAAACUGUAAUCCCUAGGAUUCCAGAGUGGUUGUUUGUAUCUAGUUAUUAUAUGGCAUAUUUCAACAGCUGCCUUAAUGCUAUAGUAUAUGGACUCCUGAACCAGAACUUCAGAAGAGAAUACAAGAGAAUUAUUGUCACAUUUUGUACGGCAAAUGUUUUCUUCCAGGAUAGUUCUAAUGAUGCAGGAGACAGAAUGAGAAGUAAACCUUCUCCACUGAUUACAAACAACAAUCAAGUGAAGGUGGACUCUGUCUGA